AGCGCCUUCAAUAAGAGCGGGAAUCGGAGUAGCAGGCCUUUGAAAUUCAUCCAGUGUUUUUCUUUACGGAGGAAAGAGUUAACGCGGCAGAAACCCAACACUCCCCGCAGAUCCCAAACACAGAAAGGGGACGGGAGGGAGGGAAGGCAGAGAGGAGAGAGGCUCAGCCAGGCUCGGCACCGGAGCCGGCGGUUUGGAGCGCCUUUGCCAACAGCAAGUUAUUAACGCAAUGGGACUCCAGGCUGGCUCUGCUAGCAGAGGUUAUCCAGUGCGCAGGGCUUGACCGGCCCGCAGAAGAGCUGCAAAGGAUCCCGAAAAGCCUGGGAAACGGCGCAUCUCUGCUAGGGUCACUAUGGAAACUGUGCCAAGGCGAGUCCAUUUGGCUUUCCUUGUGUUCCCAUUGGUGGUCUUUGGGGCUCCCAGGGAUGAGUCUGGCCCCCAACAGUUCACAGCCACCCUGAACAGCUGCAGGCGCUGCUGUGAUUCACUGGAUGCCCCGGGCUCCUCAGAGACCAGUCCCGGCACAAAUAGCCCUCGCUCUGUACCGUAUAUAAUACCAGAAGUCCGUCCAUAUAUCAACCUCACCAUUCUGAAAGGAGACAAAGGAGAUCAAGGAGAGCCUGGGAUCCCUGGAAAAUGGGGCAAAGAAGGACCCCCUGGUGAACGGGGAGCUCAGGGCCCGAAGGGGAACAAGGGACAGAUGGGUGCCCCGGGGGAUCCUUGUAAGCACCAGUAUGCCGCUUUCUCCGUGGGCCGGAAGAAGGCCCUCCACAGCAGCGAGGGGUACCAGGCCCUGAUCUUUGACACCGUCUUUGUGAAUCUCUAUAGCCACUUUGACAUGUUUAAGGGCAAAUUCUACUGCUACGUGGCCGGUCUCUACUUUUUCAGCCUCAAUGUCCACACCUGGAAUUUCAAGGAGACCUACAUGCACGUCAUGCGGAACAACAAGGAGGAAGUCAUUCUCUACGCUCAGCCCAGCGACCGCAGCAUCAUGCAGAGCCAGAGCCUGAUGCUGGAGCUGCAGGAGAACGACGAAAUCUGGGUGCGCCUCUACAAGCGAGAGCGGGACAACGCCAUCUACAGUGACGACGUGGACAUUUACAUCACUUUCAGUGGCUACUUGAUCAAGCCCAGCCUUGAGUAACUCCUGCCGUGUCCUUCUAAGCACUUCUUCCGCUGCCCACGCACUCUCUUCACUGCCUGCAUCUGCUGCAAAGCACACACACGAGAACUGGAAAGACCCGGAGAGAGAAUGUGGUGCUGGGAGACGAGCCAGUGCUCCCUUUCUGGACAGAAAGCUGUCAGUCGUUCAAAGAAAACAAUUCCCGAUGACCUUUGUAACCCUGCUCACUUUGGAGGAGACCGUGAAGUUAAGAGUAGGGAUUUUCAGGUUCCUCAAAUCCUUCUCGCUAUCUCAGGCCUUGCCUUGCUUGACGGUUGUUGAUACACAGAUGUUCUGGUGAUAAUGUCCUAGUCAGUAGCACACUUGUUUGUGCAAAGGUUUUAAGCAAGUUCAGUCUUUGUAUAGUUUCCAAGCCGCAUAAUAGCCCAACAGCCCGCAAGGUGCUUCAUACCAAAUCUGUUUUUGCAGGACACCCCCCCCCCCCCAGUUUCCCCAGACCCUAAUGGGCUGCCAUACAUGGCCGGUCACAGGUUGUAUAGGCCUCAUCUUGUCAGGUCAGAUCAGAGUUGAGUGAGCCAACUCCUGUGUGGGUAUGGGUAGAGGUGGGAUCCAACCAGUUCUCACCACUUCUCUAGAAGUGGUUACUAAUUUUUUCUGAGUGCCGAGAAGGGGUUACUAAAGCAACCUCCCUGCCCAAUAGGGACUGGAGGUGCGUGUGUGCGGUGGCGCCACUGUUUGAAUCCCACCACUAUCGGAACCUGUUAUUAAAACUUUUGGAUCCCACCACCUAUCCUCCAUGAACUACUAACCAAUUAUAAUUGUGUGAGGUCACUUUUAGAAUUUGCUCCAGUUAACAAAUACGUUAAAAAAUCCACGUGGUACACUUUGCAUCGCCAAAGGGGAAGAAAAGCUAGAAGGGACCUGGCGCUCAUGCUCUUUCGGCUUCAUGUUCUGCUACCAUUGUCUUCUUUGAAACCUAGAAAUUUCCUUUAUGCUGUGCACUUCAAGGCCAGACAUCCUGCAUACACACUGUGUGUGAAAUCAUUGGCGCACCGUACUGCAUCACUGUGAGCUGGAUUGCAUCCUAUGUUUGAGAAACUUGGUAACUGACUAGUUCUAAUGCCAAUCCAACAAAAGUGUGUGCCAAGAAUACAGGCAAGCGUAAGUAGAGGAGUGAUGCAAUCAUGUGUCUCAGCCUCUGCUCAGCAAGGGAAUAUAGGAUCAUUUGCAUGUGGAGAGAGGCUGUGGAUCUACCCUUGAUUUCGCCUUGGCCUCCCUUGAAGAAGAAGAAAAGUUUGGAUUUUAGGAGACUCAAAGGGGCUUACAAUCUCCUCCCCCCCCACAACAAACACCCUUUGAGGUGGGUGGGGCUGAGAGAGCUCCAAAGAACUGUGAUUAA